CCGCCUGCGUCCGUCUGUCCGCGGCGGAGCCGGACUGAGCCGGGUCUAUCAGCAGCACGGUCUGCCUGCCGCGGGAUGCCGGAGGGCUUGCUGAGGCAUGGGCUGGGCGUUCCCGCGAAGCACCGGCGUUUUCACUGAAGCUUGGGUGUGGGUCGCUGGGGACGAUGAUCCACAUGCUGCACGCGGCUGCUGCCCGCCGAAAAUGGACCCGCUCCGGCGCCGCGAAGCGGGCCGCCUGCCUGGUGGCUGCGGCAUACGCGCUGAAAACCCUCGGCCCCAUGGUUGGCAAGCGCUUCAAGCCAUCUGGCCGCGGGAGGAUAAGCGGAGCGGCUCCCGGGGCCAAGGAGGACCGGGAAGCGCCUCCUGGCCCCGCGGCCGGGUGCGGAAGACCUGCUCCGGGGCUGAAUGCGGAUUUCUUCAGGCAGCUACGACAACUUGGGAGAAUUCUUUUCCCCAGAGUCGUGACCCGGGAGACCGGCUGGCUGUGUCUGCACUCGGUAGCCCUGGUCUCGAGGACCUUCCUGUCCAUCUACGUGGCUGGCCUGGAUGGGAAGAUCGUGAAGAGCAUCGUGGAGAAGCAGCCUCGGGCAUUCAUCUUCAAGUUGAUCAAGUGGCUCUUGAUCGCCAUCCCCGCUACCUUCGUCAACAGUGCCAUUCGGUACCUGGAGUGCAAACUGGCCCUGGCUUUCCGGACCCGCCUGGUAGAUCAUGCUUACCAAACCUAUUUCACAAAUCAGACCUAUUACAAGGUGAUCAAUAUGGACGGGAGGCUUACCAACCCCGACCAGUCGCUGACUGAGGACAUCAUGAUGUUCUCCCAGUCCGUGGCUCACCUGUACUCCAACCUGACCAAGCCGAUCCUGGACGUGAUCCUCACCUCAUACACGCUCAUCCGGACCGCGGUGUCCCGGGGAGCCAGCCCCAUGGAGCCCACCCUCCUCGCGGGACUCGUGGUUUACGCCACCGCCAAAGUGCUGAAAGCCUGCUCUCCCAAAUUUGGGAAAUUGGUGGCUGAAGAGGCUCACAGAAGAGGCUAUCUGCGCUAUGUGCACUCAAGAAUUAUAGCCAAUGUGGAAGAGAUUGCUUUCUACAGAGGACAUAAGGUAGAAAUGAAGCAACUCCAACAAAGUUACAAAGCUUUAGCAGAUCAGAUGAACCUGAUUUUGUCCAAACGCUUGUGGUACAUCAUGAUAGAGCAGUUCUUGAUGAAAUACGUUUGGAGCAGCUGUGGACUAAUUAUGGUGGCCAUACCUAUUAUCACCGCAACUGGCUUUGCAGAUGGUGAUCUAGAGGAUGGCCAGAAGCAAGCCAUGGUCAGCGACCGCACAGAAGCCUUCACCACUGCGAGGAACUUGCUUGCCUCAGGAGCUGAUGCAAUUGAGAGGAUUAUGUCUUCCUACAAGGAGGUCACUGAAUUAGCAGGCUAUACUGCUCGAGUGUAUAAUAUGUUUUGGGUAUUUGAUGAAGUGAAGAGAGGCAUUUAUAAAAGAGCUGCUGUCACUCAAGAGCCUGAAAAUCAGAGCAUGAAUGGAACUAACAUAGAAUUACCCCUCAGUGAAACACGGGAAAUUAAAGGAAAAGUUAUUGAUGUGGAUCAUGGAAUUAUUUGUGAAAAUGUUCCCAUCAUUACGCCAGCGGGAGAAGUUGUGGCUUCCAGUCUAAACUUCAAAGUACAAGAAGGAAUGCAUCUUUUAAUAACCGGUCCCAAUGGCUGUGGGAAAAGUUCUCUCUUCCGAAUUUUAAGCGGGCUCUGGCCGGUGUAUGAAGGGACCCUCUACAAACCAUCUCCUCAACAUAUGUUCUAUAUCCCACAAAGGCCUUAUAUGUCUCUUGGAAGUCUCCGGGACCAAGUCAUAUAUCCAGACUCAGUAGAUGACAUGCAUGGUAAAGGCUACACCGACCAGGACCUGGAGUGCAUCCUGCAGAACGUGCACCUCUACCACAUUGUUCAGAGAGAAGGAGGAUGGGAUGCUGUCAUGGACUGGAAAGACGUCCUGUCGGGAGGGGAGAAGCAAAGAAUGGGAAUGGCACGGAUGUUUUACCAUAAGCCAAAAUACGCACUGCUGGAUGAAUGCACAAGUGCAGUCAGCAUCGACGUUGAAGGGAAGAUAUUCCAGGCUGCCAAAGGGGCCGGGAUAUCCUUACUCUCAAUAACACACAGACCUUCUCUUUGGAAAUACCACACUCAUUUGUUACAAUUUGAUGGUGAAGGAGGCUGGCGCUUUCAACAGCUGGAUACUGCUAUCCGUUUAACACUGAGUGAAGAAAAACAAAAACUAGAAUCUCAGCUAGCUGGAAUUCCCAAAAUGCAAGAGAGACUCAAUGAACUAUGUAAAAUUUUGGGAGAAGACUCAGUGCUGAAAACAAUGAAAAAUGAAGGCGAACCUCCUAAAUUGCUUUGACAUGCUUGAAAAGUUAAUUUUUAAGUGAAGGCUUAAAGAUGCUCUGUUAUAGUGCAUACAUUGUGUUAAGCUAAGCACAGAGAAUACAAAGUCAGCAGGAAAUGUUUUAUAUGAUUGUAGCACCAAGGAAGUAUGUGGUAACUUUGCAGAAAAAAAUGAAUGCAUUAGGUAAGAUUUAGUCACUAUGGCUUAGACUAAUUCCUACUGAAAGCCUAAUUCACCUACAGAACAGGAUUUUUGAGGUGAUUCCUGGUGAAUAGCAGGUUGCUGCACAUACUAUGACAUCAACAAGGGUCAUUGCUCAGAAAGGAAACAGCUUAGAGCAGAGUGGGGUCGAUAUCAGGUGCAUGAAGUUAGAACUGUGAGUACCAUUUUAGUCCAUUUAUGAUGCUAGGUUCAAUAGCUAGAAUUCAUGUUCACCAUUGCUAAUGUAGAUACAAAAUAGCUGACUAUUUGAAUCAUAACUACAGUAGGAAAGUUAUAAUGACAAUGGUUGAAAGAAAAAUGGCAUGCCUAAGUAUAAAAUGCCACAUUUAAGAUUUCUAAAUUGUGAGCAUCUCAAUGUGAGCUUAAUAUUUUAAUGAAGAUAUUGCUUAUUCAUUAGGAAAUCCUAUCAUUUUUAAGAGACUUGCCAAUUCCAAAAAGAAGUACCAAACGUUUGUUUUAGCUUGUUACUUUAUUCAGCAGCAUUGUCUACUGCAGUGUCUGUCCAGAAAUACUGUUUGAGCUGAGGGCCACUUUCUAGCAGCUCAGGAAGUUAUAAUCUGAGGUUCAUGG